CGUGGGUCCGCAAGGGGUUCUUCCCUUCUUUAAGAAAACUCUUGUUGUUUAACGAGCGUCGCGUCCGACGGCGACCACCGACGAUCGAUUACGCAAGAUGACCAUUCUAUCGAAGAAGAAGUCGAACGCCCCGAAAGACAGACGGGAAGGAGGCAGCACGUCUGACGUCGACGUGCACGGGGUGCAGAACGAGCAUAAUCCCGGAUCCAUCGCGCUGCCCAAUAGCCCGUAUCAGGUACGCGCGGCGAAUGGUUUCGCCGUUGAUCUACAUGGGGUACAAGCUGACCACGGGUCUGGUUCUAUUGUCCUUACAGGGAACUCUUACGAGUCAAGCGUAGAUCGUAGAGAAGAUAGACAUUUUGAAGAAGGAAGUGGUCCCAGUCAUGGCAAGCGCCACAGACAACGUGCAAGUCCACACAGUAGUUGCAUUGGAAGAAAUUCACGUACGAAACGUGAGAGAGAACGAGACAGGGGUCGAGAAAGGGACAGGGAACGGGAACGAGAACGCGAAAGACAAGCCACACCACCCACUGCGUCAUGCAGUGGUAUACAAGCAACAGAUGCCGGAGUCAUAGCCAACAAUCGUAUGGCUAUCGCCGCCGCGAACUUAGAACACGAAUUAGCAAAUGGUUACAAUAGUGGCGACGAAUACACUGGCAGGACUGGCAAUAAUCUUACGCUGGCGGAAUGGCAAGAGAGGGAUAGGUGGUUUGAGAAACGAAUGCGAAAGAUGGGAUUCGUUGUUAAGAAAAUGGGCGAGGAUGGUGCGUGUUUGUUUCGAGCCGUCGCCGAUCAAGUUUACGGCGACCAGGAAAUGCACAGCGUUGUGCGAAAGCAUUGCAUGGACUAUAUUGCUUCCAAUCAAGAGUUUUUUUCUCACUUCGUAGCAGAAGAUUUUAGUACGUACGUAGAUAGGAAACGACAGGAGUAUGUACACGGAAAUCAUAUAGAGAUGCAAGCCAUGUCCGAGAUGUAUAAUCGUAGCAUUCAGUUAUAUUGUUACAGCACUGAACCAAUCAACAUCUUCCACACGAUGGUCGAAAGUGAUAACGAACCUAUUCGAUUGUCUUAUCAACGCGGUAGUCAUUACAAUAGCAUAGUGGAUCCGUAUAAAGCCACGAUCGGUGUCGGUCUUGGCCUACCGUCAUUCAAUCCUGGCGCUGCGGAUCGACAGUUAGUAUCGGACGCGGUUCGCCAAAGCGAGGAAUUGCAAAUUGAGCAGUUUUCCUCUUCCGAACAGACGAUGCUCGAGGACAAGAUCAAAGCGACCGAUUGGGAGGCGACGAACGAGGCCAUAGAAGAACAAGUUGCCAGGGAAAGUUACUUGCAAUGGUUGAGGGAUAACGAGAUGCGGAAAGCUCGAUCAGCUAGUAGUAGCAGUACAAGUACGAUAACGAGCGCUCAGCACAGUCACGCGCAUUUUCAUCCUCACGGUGGUCGUGGUCAACAGCGUAGCCAUACCUCUUCACCAACCACGACCCAAACUAGCCAAGAUAAUUUGCGUAACUCGCCGAAGGUAAGCGAUUCGGUGAGGUACAAUAAAAGAUCCCCGCAGCAUCAGCCUCAGACUCAAGCUUCUGCCAUAUCUCAUCUCACUGCGGAUUAUGAGACGAAACUCCCUCAAGAACCGAUGCCUGGCAGCAGUAAAGAGGCUCAUGCAUCGCCUGACAUUUCGUUGUUCAACCGUCUUCCUCCUGAAGUAUUUGGCUUAACUGAUUGGGAGGACAGCGACAUAUUAACGCAAGUCCUCGCCACAUCGCAGCAGGAAUACCUGGACAGCUUGAAACAAUCACGGAGUUCCGGCACUGUCGGUAACGACGCUAACAAUAUGCUAGAUUCCAGUAACAGUUAAUUAUUAAAAAUCCAUUUAUCGAGGACGAGGAAGUUCGAACGAUGAGAAUACCGAAGCAAACAAAAAAAAGUAUAUGCAUUUGUAUGCAGCGUUUUUCAUAGGAUGUGAUAUAUCCGAAAAAUGAAAUAAGAUAGUUCUAAAUCAAAAGAAACGAAUGGAAAAAGUGAAGCAAUUCUUAGUGUUAUCACAUGGUCGAGUCGAAGACCGCCGAUGAUUGUUUGAUGCAUACCUAAUAAAUUUCGAUUAUCGGCUGAUGUUUAAGUUUCGUUGAAUCUCAGAAUUGAGUUCGAGAAUACGUCGAGUUUCCAGAUAUUAAGAUUUUGAAUCUUAUUUAAAUAAGUGUAGAUUAUUGAUUGAUCACGAGUGAAAACAAUAUUUUUGUUUGCAAUUAACUAAUUUAUUAAUGGUGCAUCUAAUAUACUUCGAAAUUGCGAGAAUUUAGAACAACAACGAUCACGUAACGGCAUGAAGAAUUGUUUUAUUUUCGAUAUUAUGGGUUUAGAAGGAAAGACACAGUGCAUCUUAUGGGAUACUCUGUACAUACCGCGAUGUCAUAUAAUUCUGUAUCGCAAUUAGGGUGUAAGGUGGUUUUGCUUUUCUCCGUUGGAGGUAAAUGUUCAGUGAGCAUGAUAUCAUCUCGCUUUUCGGGAGAUUAAAUUAAUUAAUGGCCCACACGAUUUUGCCGUGAGACGAGUGGGAAGCAGUUUCGCGCGCACUUUUUGUUUCAAAUAUUAGGCUAAGCCAUAUUAUUUUUCUCGUCUGUAACGUUUCGCCUUGGCCUACGGCCAACGUUGUUUUUCUUUUUUUUACUUGAUCGAUUGCAGUUGUGAAGCGAACUGGGAAUAGGUUCUCUUCUACUUCGCCGUUAAAUUAAAUCUAUUUGAAAAAUUUUCGACGCGAUUUAAUAUUAACCGAGUGCAAUGCAAUCCGAUCAAAAAUGUUGUAGCUACAUUUUGUUUGAUAUAUGACACGACUUUUAAAACGCUUUAGAAAGGAAAAGAAAUCUUUAUUCCGUUAUUUGUAAAAAAGACGAAUAAAACUACUAUGACAUGUAA